GAUGGAGCGCGCGCGCGUGCGUCUCGGUCUCGCCUCCUCUGUUUGCGUAGCGGAGGCUCCACCUUUCAAGCAUUGCAGUGACCUCAGCAGUGGCUGAAUUGAGCUGGGUGGGAUUUUCAGCCUCGUAUUCUCGAUCGCGUAUCCAAGGAUCACGAUUUAACGGUGUAUGCGACGGAGCGAAUAAACGUUUAGCCGGCUCGCGCUGAACCGUGCAGGUUUUGCGUUCGUGUUUGCGUGCAUCAAACGAUAGCGAUCCAAUAAACGAGGAAUGUGGGAUUUACAGAAUGCCCAACAGCGUUGGAAAAAGAUUUAAACCCACCAAAUACAUCCCGGUGUCCACUGCCGCCACUCUCCUGGUGGGAUCCACUACUUUAUUCUUCGUUUUCACGUGUCCGUGGUUGACCAAGGCGGUCUCUCCUGUUGUGCCUCUCUACAAUGGCAUCGUCUUCCUCUUUGUGUUGGCAAACUUCAGCAUGGCCACCUUUAUGGAUCCUGGAGUCUUUCCUAGAGCGGAUGAGGACGAAGACAAAGAUGACGAUUUCCGAGCUCCGCUCUAUAAAAACGUGGAGAUAAAGGGAAUUCAGGUGCGGAUGAAAUGGUGUGCCACGUGCCACUUCUACAGGCCUCCGCGCUGCUCACACUGCAGCGUCUGUGACAACUGUGUGGAGGAGUUUGAUCAUCACUGCCCGUGGGUGAACAACUGCAUUGGCCGAAGGAAUUAUCGCUAUUUCUUCUUGUUCCUGCUGUCUCUGAGUGUUCACAUGGUGGGUGUAUUUUCCUUCGGCCUGCUGUUUGUGUUACACCACCUAGAGACGCUGAGUGCACUUCACACCACUGUCACACUUGUAGUAAUGUGUGUGACUGGCCUGUUCUUCAUACCCGUUAUGGGCCUCACUGGAUUUCACAUGGUUCUCGUAGCCAGAGGACGGACCACGAACGAACAGGUGACAGGAAAGUUCAGAGGAGGAGUGAAUCCAUUCACUCGAGGAUGCGGUGGAAAUGUGAAACACGUCUUAUGCAGUCCGCUUGCUCCAAGGUAUAUCGCUGAUCCCAGGAAGAAGAUUCCUGUCACUGUGACGCCGCCGUUCCUCAGGCCAGACCUCUCUAACAGACACAUCAGUGUAAAAGUCAGCGAUAAUGGUAUCCAUAGUAACAUCCUACGAAGCAAAUCCAAGACCAGUCUGAAUGGCAUGGAUGAUAAAAGCAUUGAUGCACAGCCACCUCUGCCACCCAAAGCCGAUCGCUACAACCAGAUCAAGAGUCAGCUGACCUCCAGUGAAGAGAGCUCGCUGUCCAGCAAACCCACCAAUCCUUCAACUCCAGCCAUGUUCAAAUACAGACCUUCCUUCGGGACAAUGCCUAAAGUGCACUAUCAUGCAACUGGAGAGAAGAUUGUAAUGUGCGAGAACGGUAACCCCUCUGCAGUUCUGGAAGAGAGAUCUCACGACUACCGUUCGGAGCCCAAUCUAGAUCUCCCCGACUAUCGGAGUGCUCCUCUCCACCGAACAUACCAGUCGUCCCCUUUCCAGCUGGACUCCUUUAGCACCACGUCCCGCUCCUUUAGCCUCAAACAGGGAGUAAACCGAGCUGACUGCACACCACUAGGUGGCACCAAGCAUGAAACCAUCACAUCCACCCCUCACAGAGGCGUCUUCUCUCCUGGGACGUUAUCCGGCCGCAACAGCAGCCUCUCCUACGAUAGCUUGCUAACCCCCAGCGUAGCGCCAUCUAUAGGCGAAUGCGCUGCUCAUCCGGGCGUCCCAUCAAUGGGGUUUCACUCACCAUAUUUACCCACUAAAAUGUGCCAUGUUCGUGGACCCGAACUUCAACGCCAUGCUGGUCCACCAUCCUACAGUCCCGUUCACAUCGGCGCAAUGUAUGGACGCCAGUCCCCUCUUUCCAGAGAACGAGAACGCGACCCGUCACCGGUCCGCUACGACAACCUCUCCAAAACCAUCAUGGCCUCCAUCCAAGAGAGGAAGGAGUUUGAGGAGAGGGAGAAACUAAUGCAUCGUCACGUUCAAGGCUAUGCUAAUGAUUCAGGAGUCUUUGACACCGCGUAUGGACUCCCACAUGGGUAUCCCGACGGUCCUAGAGGCCCCGCGUCUCGAGAGCCCACUCCCCCUGUGUGUGCUUCUAGGGAUAACUUGAUGGGAUAUCCUCCUCGGACCCCUGUUUUGCGCUCCUCUGCGUCAUCGCUCGUCCGGGCGCCAAGGACUUCAACUACGUCCCUUCACACAGAUGGAGGUGGCAUGAACAGAACAGCUGAACUACAGUAUCGCUCACCGGUGCACCAGUCGCAUCAGUCGCCAACAUCCGUGCCGCGCUCACCGUCGUACGCACACCAGAAAGUCGCCUUCAUUAGCGCACUGGAGAGGGCAGAUUCGCCACAUCUGGGUACAAGAGAGGACAUUGGUCAAGGCAAAGUCAACGGUCAACUAAAGGGUCAGUAUGGGACUCCUUCUGGAACGCCUAGCAGACACACCAGUGUUAAGAAGGUGACCGGAGUGGGCGGAACCACAUAUGAGAUCUCCGUGUGACUGACAGCUCGGGGAGCCAAUGCCUGUGAGGAACAGCACUGCCAUGGCAAAACCAACUCGUGCUCAAAAAAAAAAAAAAAAGAACAAGUUUCUCUUUCUUUUCACAGUUUUAUUAAAUAAUUCUCGAACUGAGCGAUCGGGAAACACACAGUAUCUGAUGGGAGAAUAAAAAAAUGGCAAGCAGUUUUCAAUGUGACGGUGUUAAAAUAUACAGGAGCAUCGUUUGAUUUAAUCUUCAGAGGAAAUAAAUCGAACACAACGGGAAACAAAUGGGAAUUUCUUAUUAUUAUAAUGUAUUUACCAUUAAGGGCUGAGUAUGUACAGUGUCGGUUCAGUUGUUUGUAUAUAAAAGGUCACUUAUUGAACGCAAGCGCGCUCUGUAUGCUGAUCAAUCACACACUUGAAUGUGAGUGAAUAUAUGUACUCCAUUACUACUAUAUUUUUAUCAUUGUUCUGAUCUAAUAAUCAGGGUUUCAUCUCAAAUGCAUUGCUCUGUUAAGCUAUCAGGUUCCAAACAAACCACAACAGCACUUGUGUACUUAAGAAAAGAAAAAGAAAUUAAGUUUUAUUUUUCAAAUAUGGAGGUCAUUUACAAUUUUUUCUAACUAUAUAAGCUGCCAUAAAAAUGAACGUACAUGUGUAUGUGUAAUAUUUAAAAUGAAAAGGGGUAUAAAGUUGGAUACUGGCUCUUAUAACCAACUUUCUUUUAAACAUUUGUUUUUCUUCAUACAUUAUAAUGAAUAAGAUAUGAAUAUGUAAACAGAAACACACCACUGUGUAUUAGCAGGACCUGUUAAAGCCAUAUCCUACAAUGUUUUACAAUAAUACUUAUUUUAUUUUAUUUUUUUAAGUCAUAUUGGUGUUUUUUUAUACCGUUACUACCAUUUAAUUGGUUAAAAAAGAAAAACAUGAAUAUUCAUGGUGGCAUCACAAAUGUUUUUCCUUUUUUUAAUAUCUUGUGUUUCUUUUUUUAAUCCCAACUUUCAGUAAUUUAGUAUAUUUCCCUUUUUAUACAUAUUCAAAUGUGUGAGUGUAUUUUUGAGUGAAUUUCUUUUAUAUAAUUUAUUUCUUCAAUUAGGAUCACCAUUUUGGUAAGUUGGAAGUACUUUGUGAUUUGUUUUUUCAAUGAAUGAAUGAAUGAACGAGAAUUAAAACCUACGUAUAAGAAGUUUUAGAAAAAUUUGUUUAAGAAAGUUACACAUAUCUGAAUGCUGGAUCCAUUUAAGAGAGAUAAGGCCUGAAAAUCUGUCAUAAUUAUACUUGGCUUAUGGUCUCUAUGUACUGCCGUUCAAAGGUUUAGGACCAGUAAGAAAUUUCUUUAUUCUUUACUUAGAUUAUUAUUAUUAUUUUUUUUUAAAUAAAUAAAUG